ACCUUAGUACCCAGCUGUUCCUCACAAGCAACUAUAUGCAAUUUUGCCCUAGUUGCCUGUGGUUUGGGGAGGGGCUAGAGGAUACUGGUGAGGGGGAAGGGAAGGGAAGGGCUCUGUCUGUGCAGUAUGAAAUGAGGCUUCAUUUCUGCUAGAUGAAAACUGCCCCGUGUGUUUUUUUGCAGGUAGCAACACAACCACCACCACCUAUGCUCUGCAAGCCCAAUAUAGUCGGCUUCCCCAGAAUGCUCUGUGGUGGAAUCAUAUUUCAGGUUAUAUAUACUUCAGGCCUUUGGAGAAGGGUAGGCAUUUUUUAGGUCUUCCCCAGGAGAGCAACUUCCUCUUUAUUUUAUUUUUGCGGUGGGGGCAGAAUCUUACUAUGUAGACCAGGCUGGGCUCUGCCUGCCUCUGCCUCCCAAGUACUAGGAUUAAUAUUAAACUCAUGUGCCACCAUGCCUAGGAAAGAAUUUUAACAAGGCUACAUCCUGAGAACCUGUCUCACUAAAACAUACAUACAUACAUACAUACAUACAUACAUACAUACAAGAAAAUCAAAACAAAAACAAGUAACUCUAGCGUAGGGAUCAAGUGACUAUGGAUGCGAGUGACCCCUAUCCGCUCUGGCUCAGAGCGCCUCAAGCGAGUCAGGACUGCGCAUGCGCCGUGGGAGGAGCCAAAUUUUCGAACAGUCUUUCCCAUAGCAUAGAUGAGCUUUGGAAUGAAUUCAGAAGUGACUCUACCUAUAUGCAAUCCUCACUGCGCAUUGGAACCGUUGUGGUAGCUUGGGAAACGUCGAACCCGCCCAUGGGCAAGGGGCGGAAUUUCCGGUGUGGCUCGCAUUGGGAAAGCAGAACUUCCGGUGGCGGGUGGGUUGCCGGCUGCUGAGCAAGCUCCACUGUGAUUCUGUUCCCCUUCACAGCAUCCGAGGAUGUCACAGCUUGGAUCCCGGGGCCGCCUGUGGCUGCAGAGCCCCACCGGUGGGCCGCCCCCUAUAUUCCUGCCGUCGGAUGGCCAAGCCCUGGUCCUCGGUCGGGGACCCCUGACCCAAGUGACGGACCGGAAGUGCUCCCGAAACCAAGCUGGGUGUUAACCCGUCAACUGUUGGGGUCCAGGAGUUGAAGCCAGGACUGUCUGGCUCUCUAAGCUUGGGGGAUGUCCUUUAUCUGGUUAAUGGCCUAUAUCCCCUGACCCUGCGUUGGGAAGAGCUCAGCACAUCAGGAUCCCAGCCAGAUGCUCCACCAGACACUCCUGGGGAUCCGGAGGAGGGAGAGGAUACUGAGCCUCAGAAAAAGCGAGUUCGGAAAUCCUCUCUUGGCUGGGAGAGCUUAAAGAAGUUACUGGUGUUCACAGCGUCUGGGGUGAAGCCCCAGGGCAAGGUGGCUGCCUUUGACCUAGAUGGGACCCUCAUCACCACCCGCUCUGGAAAGGUCUUCCCCACUAGCCCUAGUGACUGGAGGAUUCUGUACCCAGAGAUUCCAAAGAAGCUCCAGGAGCUGGCUGCUGAAGGCUACAAGUUGGUAAUCUUCACCAACCAAAUGGGCAUCGGGCGAGGCAAGCUGCCAGCAGAGGUGUUCAAGGGCAAGGUGGAAGCUGUAUUGGAGAAGUUAGGGGUCCCAUUUCAGGUGCUGGUGGCAACACAUGCAGGUCUAAACCGAAAGCCAGUGAGUGGCAUGUGGGACCAUCUGCAGGAGCAGGCCAACGAGGGCAUCCCCAUCUCGGUAGAGGACAGUGUCUUCGUGGGAGAUGCAGCAGGGCGCCUAGCCAACUGGGCACCGGGGAGGAAAAAAAAGGAUUUCUCUUGUGCAGACCGCCUGUUCGCCCUUAACGUCGGCCUGCCCUUUGCCACUCCGGAAGAGUUUUUCCUUAAGUGGCCGGCUGCCCGCUUUGAGCUUCCAGCUUUCGACCCGAGGACUAUCUCCAGUGCUGGGCCCCUCUACCUUCCAGAGUCCAGCUCUCUCCUGAGCCCCAACCCAGAGGUGGUGGUCGCAGUAGGAUUCCCUGGGGCCGGCAAGUCCACUUUCAUCCAGGAGCACCUAGUGUCAGCUGGCUACGUCCAUGUGAACAGGGACACGCUGGGCUCGUGGCAGCGCUGUGUGAGCUCAUGCCAGGCGGCACUGAGGCAGGGGAAGCGAGUCGUGAUUGACAACACCAACCCAGAUGUCCCAAGUCGGGCCAGGUACAUCCAAUGUGCCAAAGAUGCAGGUGUGCCCUGCCGCUGUUUCAACUUCUGUGCUACAAUAGAGCAGGCACGCCACAACAACAGGUUUCGUGAGAUGACCGACCCUUCGCAUGCACCUGUGUCGGACAUGGUCAUGUUUAGCUACAGGUUCGGGGGUUCUGGGGUUCUGGAGGGGGUGGGGGAGGUGGGGUACAGAGCCUCACACCCCCAUCCCGCAGGAAGCAGUUUGAGCCGCCCACACUGGCUGAAGGCUUCCUGGAGAUCCUUGAGAUUCCAUUCCGGUUACAGGAGCAUCUGGACCCGGCACUGCAGCGACUGUACCGCCAGUUUUCCGAGGGCUGAGCCCUCAAUAAACACUGGUGCCACUCUGUGCACAGCCAUCUUGCUGGGGUUGUGGGAGGCAAAACAGGUGCCACGGCAUCCUGCAUUGAGCUUGGGCUUCCAAGUGGGCUCUUGUGUAUCUGGCAUACUUGGCCUGGGGGCUUGAGCAGCCACAGCCAUUUUGUGGUGUGACUCACCAGCCAGCACCAGGUUUCAGAACCCAGUUGUGGGACACUGGACCCGAGACUGGAGUCUGGGGAUGUUAAAUUUGACCAGGUACAGGAAGAUUAUAAUAAUGUGUCAAAGAAAGGCUGUCAUGUGGGUAACUAGCCUGAUGAGCCUGCUUUUCCGUCUACUUAGAGAUGGUCUAACAUCACACAUCCCCCGAACUUCAAGACUUAGCAGCUGUGUUGGGGGUCAACCCACACUGUGUAACUUAACGACACAAGCAGGGAGGGACAGCAAGUGGGUUAAAAGGCUUUAUUAGGGAAACAUACAGGGGCAAGGACCAUCCUUGGGAGACCUCAGGACGCUGUCCUCCAGGUUGCUGGGCAGGUACAGUCGCCAGGAGCCCCUGCUCAGAAGCAGCUGACCUGGGAGGCAGGAGGAGGGGUGGCUUCUACUAGUGAAACUGCACCCUACUCCCCAGUAUUAAGCUGUGGCCCUGGCACCCAUUCCUCCCCAGGGAUAUUGGUAGCAGGAGGCAGUGACGCAUGCAGCAGGUCUCUCUCAGGCCAGGGCCACCCUGCUGCUUCCCACGGACACAGUGCUGCUCACCAGUCUCCACUGGGGCCUCGUCUGGGACUGUGGCCCGCCCAGCCCAGGCAUCCUCUAGCCACCCAUCUGCAGAGGAAGAAGCCAGGGGAGGUUUCAGAAGUGAGCACCCAGAGGCAGGGCCCAGCGAGGGAGGGACGAUGGCGGAGCCGGCCUCACCCCUCGCUGCUGCUGCUCCUGCUCCAGGCUUCGCUGCAGGACCUGCUGCUGGUUGGCGAUGACGCGACGGAUGCCGUUGACAAAGUUGCUCUGGUCGUGCGGGAUGAGGCCGAUGAAGAUCUUCUUCUCCGAGGAGUACAGGAGCAUGAGCACACGCACCUCACACGAUGCCUUGUAGGAGAAGUGCACGCAGCCCGCCUAACAGCAGGCCCGAGUCAGGAUACUCACUCACCCUCGGCCACAAGCCGGCCAGCCCAUCUGCGGACAGCUGGACCCCAGGCAGCUGGCCCCGAGGUCCACAGCAUCCCAGCUCGGGCUGCCGGGCACAGAGCCCCACCCUGGACAAGCCUCAUUUCCUUACACUGGAGACAAGACCCACAAGGCUCAGACCCUUGCAGUUUAACCGUCACUAACCAUGGGCUCCCCAAGGUCCUGAGGUGCCUCACUACCUCCAGCUCUGGGUUCACCUACUGACAGGGAAACUGAAGCCCCAGAGCUGGUGGAUCUAGAUCUUGGGGGCUCCAGGCCUCCUAAGUUCCCUGGGAAUUCUGGGCCAAGCUGAACUGUGCGUCGGUUAGUAGUCUGCCUCUCGGGCAGGGCCCUCUCCACUGGGGCCUAUCUGGUACAGCAAGUGUCUCCAAGGACUGACAAGCCCGCUGCCUCAGUUCUCCAGUGGAGGCCAUACUCCGGGCAUGAGGACCGGGUGGGAUGGUGCAUGCAAACACACAGGAGGCCCUGGGGUAUAAGGGUACAGGACAUCCUAGCUGCAUAGGUGUGGCAGAGGCCCCACCACAGCUUCCACAAGCAGCUGCAUUAGUCUGUCUCCUUGGCUGCUGCCCUCCACUCACGAAGCCAUUGUCCAUGAUCCGGCAAAGGCUCUUCAGAGUCUCCAUGUCCUUAGUGAAGUGGAACUGUACCAGGCGUGAAUUCCGGAACAGUGGCACGAGGGUGGUCUGGGGGAAGGCCAAGGGCUUCUUUAUGGAACCCUAGCUUGCUGGGGAAGCCAGGCAGCCCUCUGCACCAGCCCACCACAGGGUCUUUGGCCCACCCCCAGCCUGGCAUCCCCUGACCCCUCACCAGCAACUGCUGCGGAAUGAGCUGCAUGAAGAGCCUCCGAGGCCACUGGUCUGUUCUCCUGCCACACAAGACAGCAGGCAUCAGUCAGCAGUCCUCCCCCAGGGGGCCGGCACUGCCAAUGCGCCCACCCGGCGGCACCCCGGCACUCACAGGAUCUCCCCUUGGUUCACAUAGACGUGGGAUGGCAGCCACCUCUUGGACCGGCUGUUGGGCUCAGGCCUGGGCUUUGGGGCAGAGCGAGAAGGCACUUCAGGGGAGGGCAGCUUAGGGCCAACAGCCCACACAGCCCCCGGCAGCUCACCUCCUGCCACUCCAUGACACCACUCCAUGCCAAGAAUUUGUUGUUGACAAUCUGAACAGGUCCAGAGUGUACACCCCCGGGGCCCACGGCCUAUGGACAGGAAACCACCAUGCGGUCAGCAGCUUUCACUCACAAUUCCCCACUAGCCAGCUGCAGCCAUGACUUCAAACCCCACCUUCCCUGCCUGCAUUCUGUGCUCUCAAGUGGCCCGAGACAAGUCCCAUCCCCCAGGUGGUACAGAGGACCACAGCUGCCUAAGCAAGUAACAGGUUUCUAAGAAAGAUGUCAUCAACACUGUGACCCUCCAGAGACUCUGGGCCUCUUGCCAAACCUGCCACCCCACUCCUGCCCUGCCUCUACACCCAGGCCCCACCCUCUAGUUCUGCCCCUCUGAAGCCUAUAAAGCUAUGUUUCCCUCGAGCCCA